CUUUUUUUUUUUUUGUUUUUGUUAUCAAAAGCCAAUGUCGGUCGAUGCAAUUAAACAAAACCCUGAGUGUGCUAUUAUAUCUUCUAUAGCAUCAUCUGCUUCUAUUACACCUACCAUCUUAUCAGAUGAAAAAAGUGCCAAAAACAAAAGUGAUCUUGAAAACCAUGAUAAUCUCGAGACCGGAAUUAACAAGCCCGAACAAGAACACGAAGAAAAAGAGGGUGGUUACGGUUGGCUUGUGAUUUUCGGGACAUUCAUGGUUCAGGUCACUAGUUUUGGCACUGCUUCAUGCUGGUAUUUUCCAAGAUUACUUAGAUGUCAACAUGUUUCAAGAUAAAGUAACUGAUUCGCAAUUCAAAUUGAGUUUUGUUGGUACAUUAUUGGAAAUUUUUGUCAACUUGAUGGGGCCCUUGGCACAGAUCAUUGCUUCACGCUUUGGUAGCAAAACUGUAUUAAUUCUGGGCACCAUUCUAGCUACCUUGGGCC